CUGCACGCUCAGCGGCGUCUCGCCCCACCCCAUCGCCUGGCGACCGACGGCGUCCUGCACCUGCAGCGACACGCGCACGCAGUCACGGAAGUCAACGCUUCGGCGCCGAACUUCAGCGGCACCCGCGUCGUCACCGGCAGCAGGUACACUCCUGCGUCGACCGCCUCGAUAUCCGUAUCCACUGAGUGUCGAGGUUACGAGCCUGCCGGUAUCGCGAUCAAGCACUGCGCCGUACCUCAUGACCCGUCGCGACUAUACUGCGGCGCGGAGGAACAAGACAUGGAGCGCGUACCACUCGGACGAAGCGGCCUGCUGGUCUCGCCGAUCUCUUUCGGCACCUGGCAGCUCAGCCCGCGCUUCUGGGGCGAACAGUCCAGGGAGCAAAUCACUCAAGCGAUACGGCAGGCCUUCGACGGCGGAAUCAACCUGUUCGACACCGCCGACGCCUAUGGCGAGGGCCAUGCGGAGACGGUGCUGGGCGAGGCGAUCGCAGGCCUGCCGCGCGACGAGCUGGUGAUCACCACCAAGGUGCUGAACCGGUUCAAGCCUGACGGAUCCCGGAUUCCGGACCUGUCCGCCGAGAACAUCGCUGCCCGCUGCGAGGUGUCCCUCAAGCGGUUGCAGCUCGACACGAUCGAUCUGUACCUGCUGCACGGCUUCGACCCGCUCACGCCCUGCGAGGAGACCGCCGGGCAACUCGACCGCCUGCGGGCGCAGGGGAAGAUCCGCGCCUACGGCGUGAGCAACCACAGCGUCGAGCAGUUCCGCGCCAGCGCCGCUUCGGUGACUACUCCGUGGUGCAGCCGCCCUACAGCCUGA